AUGGCUUCGACAACCAGUUUCUUUCUCUUGCCACCGAACAUGAUUCGACCAUCAGCACUAUCGACACCAUUGAAAGCUAAACGACGAUGUUGUACUUCGUUUUUCAUUACCGAUAUUCUCGGUAAUCAUAGUCGUUCACCAUCACCAGCAUCUGCUAAUACUAACAAUAAUAAUGAACAUCAUCCUCUAUCAAGCAUGGGCAAAGAUGGAGAAAGUGGUGAUGAUGAUGAUGAUACAAUGUUACAUGACAGUGAUGACAAUGAUUCUGACAUUGGUGAAGAGACAAGUACAUCGGACAGUGGUGGCGGUCAUGUUAUGCAUAAUGGCUCAUUAAAAACCAAUAAGAAGCCACGCAAAGCGCGCACAGCAUUUACAGAUCAACAAUUAAAUUGUUUAGAAAAAAGUUUCGAACGACAAAAAUAUCUUAGUGUACAAGAUCGUAUGGAACUUGCUGCUCGUCUUAGUCUAUCUGAUACACAAGUGAAAACAUGGUAUCAAAAUCGAAGAACUAAAUGGAAACGGCAAGCUGCGGUCAGCUUGGAAUUUCUUGAACAACAAGGUAAUAUUGCUGCUGUUCAUCGAUUACUUCAACAUCAUCAUGCUGCUACCGGUGUUGGUAAUCUACAUCAUUCUCUAUGGUAUUCACCUUAUUUAACAACAACGGCUGCCGAUGCUCUAUAUGCUCUGCAACAACGAUCAUCAAUGGAUCCAAAUAAAUCUUCAUCGGAAUCAUCAUUGUCAACAAUUACAAGCCCGAACAAAUCUGUAUAA